AGUGACCCGGUAGUCUUUGGAACAAGCGCGGACGAAUUGAACCGGAAGUGAAUCUGUCCACGCUGGGAAACCAAUCGUUGAGGAGACGAAGGCGCCGGUGGAGAGCAGACAAACGUGACCUGAAGAAACCGCUUUUAUAAACCAAGAAACAUGAGUCUGUUAACAAAGCCAAAGUCAGAGAUGACUCCCGAAGAGCUGCAGAAGCGAGAGGAGGAGGAGUUCAACACCGGGCCUCUGUCGGUGCUCACCCAGUCGGUGAAGAACAACACUCAGGUCCUCAUAAACUGUCGCAACAACAAGAAGCUGCUGGGAAGAGUCAAGGCUUUUGACAGGCACUGCAACAUGGUUUUGGAGAACGUGAAGGAGAUGUGGACAGAAGUUCCCAAGAGCGGCAAAGGAAAGAAGAAGUCCAAGCCAGUGAAUAAAGAUCGCUACAUUUCCAAAAUGUUCCUCAGGGGUGACUCUGUCAUCGUUGUGCUGAGAAAUCCUCUGAUUACCGGGAAAUGAACACUGGAGGCAUCUACCUGAACAGCUGACACCGGCUUUUUUUUUCUUUCUUUUCUUUUCAAAGACUUGAAGUAGUCUAUAAUUGUUUUUUGUUUUUUUUUUUUUUUUGUUUUUUUCUGUAGGUGUUUUUUUGAAUCUGUAUAUUCACUGACGAAUAUGUUGUCGGCAUGUUGAUACUGUUUUGACAGUCAGCUUGGCACAAACUGCCAGAAUCUGCUUUGUCUACACAAGUCUUUACGUUUUUCAUUUUAAUAAUAAAAGUAAUAAACCGACU